CGCGGAACCGGUCACCCCACUCGCACGCCUGCAGCCCCAGCGCUCCUCUCCCCUGCAGUAUAGGGCAAGCUAGACCGGGAAUCCACCUGUCUCGAUCUGGAUCAGGCUGGUCUUUGCCGAGGAUUAGCAGAGCGGCGGCGGCUUCCAUCGGGUUGACGGCGUUGGCAGAGGCGGAGCGCAGCAUCCUCUCCUGAGUCAAGAUGUCGACGCUCAGAACUUUGAGAGCAAGACCUCAGAGAGGUUUCCCUCUGAUCUGUCUGACAUAUGAUUAUAUGGAGCAUAUGGUCAAAUUUUCGGGCCGGACUGUGGGUCUCAAAAGAUCUCAAGAGAAAGAGGACUAUUUUGAUAUUGAGUUUGAAACUCAAAGAGAGGCCAGCUAUGUGUUUUACGUUCUCAAUGGAAAGGUGCCACUCAUGGAGUUCAGUUGGGCUCCGAGGAACCUUACCAGCAAAAAACCACCAUCAGGAGUAGUGGAAGUUUCCUUCAUACCACCAACUUAUGACCUUGAUGCCUACAGCGAGACGCCGUCACUGCCAAUCCCCGCCAACCAGCCAUUCCCCACAGUGUGGAAAAUCCCAACACAGAAUGACCCACUGGCACAACCUGACCAACUUCCUGCAAUGCGGUAUCCCCCAAGCAGGGUUCAGAUGGACCAAGUGGACCCGCGCCCUCCAUACGAAGCACGCUUCUGGCCACAAGUCCUUCCGACAUACUAAUUGAUAGUACAGGAGGGGGACAUUUUUUUGGGGAGAUGAGCGGUGGAGCACUUUUUUUGGGGGAGAUGAAGGGUGGAGCACUCGUCACCUUCCGGUGAAUCAGGAGUCAUCUUCAGUUUUGGAAGAGGGGAUGCAGCAGUUAGUUUUGUAUGCCUUUCUUGACAGUCGUGUUCGCUUUACUUGUAUCAUCAUGCGUUACAGACAGUCUGUGGACACAACAAGAGACUUGAUAUCAUGUGGACUCAGCGUCAAGACCAAAGGUCGAACUGGUUGUAUGCAUAAACUGAAUCAAGAUCAGAGCACACGGCGAGAUGGUUUCCAUUCCAGACGCCCAUAUCAAUUGGGGUUGCCUUGCUUGAUUUUGCUACUCCUUGUUCACUUUUAUAAGGCAUUGUAGACAUUCUAAACAGCGUGCAAAACAGCUUGUCUAAAACGAUUUAUAGAAGUGAACGGAGGGAGUAUUCAAAGUA